AGCGAGCGGGUCGAGCACCGCGCCAGACAGAGACACCCUGGGGGUCGUGGUGACGGUGGUGGUGGUGAGCACGGGGGGACAGACACACGGAGACACGGAGACAGACAGAGACAGACAGAGAGAGACACACGGAGACGGUCUAGAGACAGACACACGGACAGGCGGAGACACACAGAGACACACACACACAGAGUAAGUCACACAGACUCACACACAAGCGGAGGAGUCACACAGACUCACACACAGACUCACACAGACUCACACACAGACUCACACAGACGGAGACACACAGACUCACACAGACGGAAACACAGACUCACACACAGGGGGAGACACACAGACUGAGACACACAGACUCACACAGACGGAAACACACAGACUCACACAGGCGGAGGAGUCACACAGACUUACACAGAGUCACACACAGACUCACACAGAGUCACACACAGACUCACAUAGACGGAGUCACACAGACACACGCGCACGCAGAGACGUAAUUCGACUCGGAGACACAAGGCGGAGACACGCAGAGACAGGCGGGGGGACAGACACACACACACAAGCACACACACACACACGCACACACACACAAGCACACAGACACACGCAGAGUCUUCGUCUGAGACACAGACAACAGAGACGCAGCAGGCGCACGCGAUACGGCGGAGGGAGACACGGAGACAUCGGCAGACAACGCGGACAAAGCAGCGGAGAGACACGAAGGCGGAGACACCGAGAGAGACACAGCGGAGACACCGCGAGACAGCGGGGAGACAGCGGAGACACGCGGAGACACAGCGGAAACAGCGGAGACACCGCGAGAGACACAGCGGAAACACAGCGGAGACACCGCGAGACAGCGGAGACAGCGGAGACACCGCGAGAGACACAGCGGAGACAGCGGAGACACAGCGGAGACAGCGGAGACACCGCGAGAGACACGCGGAGAGACAGCGGAGACACAGCGGAGACAGCGGAGACACGAAGGCGGAGACACCGAGAGAGACACAGCGGAGACACCGCGAGAGACACGCGGAGACACCGCGAGAGACACGCGGAGACACAGCGGAGACACGGCGAGAGAGACGCGAGGAGGAGGAGACGGGGUCUGGGGCAGUCUCCCUAAAGACUGAACUGCAGCAAGCGAUUUAGACUCUGCUGGACCGACCUCCGCCAUGUGCCAGGUGAUCGUCACGUGCCGCUCGCUGCUGUGGACGCUGCUCAGCAUCGCCACGGCCUUCGCGGAGAUGGCCGCGUUCCUCAGCACCGAGUGGCUCGUCGGCGAGGAGGCCGGAGCCGGUGCCGGCGGCGUCACCGGCGGUGGAAUCGGCGGCAUCGUCGCCAACCGCUCCACCGCUCGAGCCGCCGCCGGCCCGGCGGACAUCCUCGGUCAGCCGCCGUCUCCGGCGACUCACCACCACAACCACCGCAACCAGCACCACCGUCACCACAACCACAGCCACCACAACCACCACCAGCUGGACGAUGCGGCGGCCCCCCACCAUCUGGCGGUGUCGCCGGUUGCCGCGGGCGUCGGUGGUGGCGCGUCGGCGUACCGUCCCUCGCUGGGCGUCUACAACCGGUGCCGCAUGGUGCGCCCCGCGGGGCCCGGCGGGGAGGCGGAGGAGUCGUGCGGGCCGUACGCCGCCUCGUUCGGCGAGCUGGCCAGCGGCCUGUGGCAGGCGAGCGCCGUGUUCCUGGGCGCGGCGCUGCUGCUGCUGGCGCUGCUGGCGCUCAGCUCCGUGCUGUCGCUGUGCGUGCAGAGCGUCGCCCGCAAGAGCAUCUUCAACGUGUGCGGCCUGGUGCAGGCUGUCGCCGGCCUGCUGCUGCUGCUGGGCCUGGUGCUGUACGCGGCGGGCUGGGGCUCCCCGCGCGUCCGCGACCUCUGUGGCCCCGGCGCGGGCCCCUUCCGCCCGGCCUCGUGCUCGCUCGGCUGGGCCUUCUACUCGGCGCUGGGCGCCACCGUGGGGGCCUUCGCGUGCGCCGUGCUCUCCGCGCAGGCCGAGGUGGCCACCUCCAGCGACGAGGUGCAGGAGGCCAUCGACGAGGGCAAGACGCUCAUCUGCCUGCCCUGAUGGCGGCGGCGCCACGGCGGUGGCGGCGGUGAUGGCGGCGGCGGCGGUGAUGGCGGCGGCGAUGAUGGUGGCGAUGAUUAAGGAUUCUACAUUUCUGCGCGGCGUGAUAGGGACACGUGGGGUUGGUGGUGAUGACGAUGAUGACGACGACGACGAUGAUGGUGGUGGUGGCGAUGGCUACCAACAUUUCCUGGAGGCAUGACGCGUAGGGGGGACCACGUGGGGAUGAUGACGACGACGACGAUGGUGAUGAUGGUGGUGCCUGCCAGAAUGUCUUGGAGGCUCAGCCAGGUGACAAUGAUGAUGAUCGUGGCCCGUGCGUUUGAUGGAGGCCGCCCUCCGUUGCUCCAAGAGUGGCAUCUCACGUCCCGUCUCAGAUAUAAUGUGAAAGGGCACCCCCAGAGGCAGCUGCCCCUGUGUGGCACGAGGGGGGCUGGGCACGCCUGUGGGCGGGCAUCAGUGGCGGAGGGGGCGGUGAUUGCUUCGCGGCCGAGUCUACGGGCACCCCCAGCGGCAGCUGUCUCUGCUGCUGCUGCUGCUGCUGUCAUCCCUGGCUAGCAACACUUCUGGGAGGCUGAACAGAGACGCAAGGCGAUGGUGACGAUGGUGACGAUGGUGACGAUGGUGACGAUGGUGACGAUGGUGGCGAUGGCGACGAUGAUUAAGGCCGCACAGUUUCUGGGAGGCUCAACCAGCGACACACGGAGGGUGGCGAUGACGGUGGUCACAGCGAUGGCGACGACGGUGGUGGGGCCAAGCGUGGGUAUUCGCUUUAGUUGGAGGGCGGCGGUGGAGGGGGAGGGUGGUUUUGACGGUCGCGCGAGAGGACAUGUGCAGCGGCGGCAGCGAUGUAACACGGCAGCGCAGCAAGCGGGUUGCAGCGCGCCAAAGUUGGUCGAUUCUGGGCCCAUUUCUUCGACUUCGCCGCGGCGGACGCAGCAGGCGGAGCGGAGGGGGGUCACGUGGU